UUCCCCCUACCGCCAUCACCAUUCCAUUGGUACGGCUUUUUCGAGCCCUGCGGGCUAAAAUAAAUGCGCGGUAUCUCUUAUUGUUCCAGCCAAGAAUGACGACUGGAAAAAUUGGAGGAUAUGAGUUCUAUCGGAACGUUUUGGGCAGUCCGAAGUACAUCGUUGCUCCGAUGGUGGACCAAAGUGAGCUCGCAUGGAGAGUAUUAUCUCGACGGUAUGGUGCUCAGCUUGUCUAUACGCCAAUGAUUAACGCGAAGAUGUUUGCCGAUGAUACUCAUAGGAGCACUUGGAAUAAGAAUUUCGAUAUGGAAUCUGGCGAAGAAGGAGAUCCGACGACUGACCGGCCUCUCAUCGUCCAAUUCUGUGCGAACGAUCCGGAGAAGCUCCUAAUAUCUGCCAAAGCAGUAGAGGCUCACUGUGAUGCCGUCGACAUCAAUCUGGGAUGCCCACAAGAUAUUGCGAAGAAGGGGAAGUAUGGUGCGUUUUUGCAGGAUGAUUGGGACUUGAUCUAUAAACUGAUCAAUGUCUUGCACACGAAUCUUUCCAUUCCUGUGACGGCCAAGUUCAGAGUGUUUCCAACGGUGGAGAAAACCGUUGAGUACGCCAAAAUGCUAGAGCGCGCCGGUGCUCAGAUUUUGACAUGCCAUGGGCGAAUACGAGAACAGCGAGGGCACCUAUCUGGUCUUGCGGACUGGGACAAAAUUCGCGCGGUCAAGGACGCCGUCUCCGUUCCCGUAUUUGCUAACGGGAAUAUACUAUAUCCUUCCGACAUUGCAAAGUGUUUAAAGGCCACAGGCGCCGACGGAGUUAUGAGUGCUGAAGGACAACUCUACAAUCCGGCUCUUUUUGCGAACGUUCCUAUCGAAGUAGAGGAGCUCACGAAUGACAAACUACUGGAGCAGCAUGUUCUUCAUGUCGAUUUAGCCCUGGAGUAUCUGUCUAUUGUUCAGUCACUGAAGACACACACGUCGAUAAGUGCCAUUAAAGGACACCUGUUUAAAAUUCUACGCCCCGGUCUGUCGCACGACAAAGAUCUUAGGGAGAAGCUAGGGAGAACACUCGUAAAAAAGGAUCAAGAUUGGCGGAACGGCGGGUUACAGCCCUACAUCGACGUUUGCCUGGAGCUGAAGGAGCGGAUGGAGGCGAACGCGAAAGAAGCAUCAGGUAAAGAUUCAGGUGCGCUGGUCAAGCUUGACGAAUCUACCGGAUUACGUGUUCUUCCGCACUGGUUAGCUCAGCCAUAUUUCCGGCCACUGCGAGAAGUGGUCACCAAAAACGUUGCCAAAUCGUUGGAGGGUAUUCCUGCAAAGCGUCAGCGGCCUGAGACAGAAGGAAAUACUGAGGACGAGAGUAAAAGGCUUAAAUUGGAUACACAGUCGGUCGAGGCGCUCCCUGUCGCAGUCAAGCUCGUUUCUCUGUAGUUUUUCCCACCUGGUUUCUUCGUGAUUCAUAUUAUUGCCGAGUCGUAUCUUAGAUUAUAGUACUGAUAAAUUUAUUCGUGAUGUGACCGAU